CGUCCAAUAAAAUAGCCCGAUUGACAAAGACGUCACUAAAACGAGACCGGAAACGAAACCUGGAAAUCAACUGACUACAAGACAACAGCACAGAAUCCUUGACUUUUCGGGCAAAGGUGCGAGUUUUAAUUUUCCCCAGCUGCAACUCAGCAGCCAUGUCAGCGUAUCCCAAGACCCACAACCCUUUUGCUGACGAUGACGACGACGACGUGGUGGAGGACUUCGGACGCGGAGGGGGCUACGAUGACUCCAGCGACAGCGGGCUGAGCGAGGCGGAGAGGAGGCAGCGGUGGCUGCAACAGCAGGUCAUGCGCACGGCGCAGUCCGCGGUCGACAGCACUCACCGCUCCCUCGGGCUCAUAUACGAGUCUGAGAAAAUGGGUACCGAGACUGCUGAGGAACUCAUGCGCCAGGGGGAGGCGCUGAAGAGGACAGAGAGGAUGGUAGACAACAUGGACGGGGAGCUGAAAACCAGCGAGCGCCACAUCAAGAGCAUCAAGAGCGUCUGGGGCGGAAUCUUCAACUACUUUAAGCCCAAGCCAGAGACGCAGCCCCCACCAGAGCCUGCUCCCGCAUACCAGCCCAGCAGCAAGUUGCAGGGUGCCCUGUCUGAUAGUAAAGAGCAGGAGCACAGGUACCAGGCAAGCCACCCCAACCUGCGCAAGCUGGACACCUCAGGAUUCGGGCCGGAAGAUUCCUCGUCCGAAGCCAGCGCUUCCGCCCAGAACGGGUACCCCAAACACCAGGUCCUCCGCGCUGCCCACCAGAAACUGGAUGACAACCUGGAUGAGAUGUGUUCGGGACUGAGCCGGCUGAAGAAUCUGGGCCUCGGUCUGCAGUCGGAGAUCGACGAUCAGGACGCCUCGCUGGAUAACCUCCUGGGAAAGGUGGACAAGAUGGACCUGAAGAUCCAAAACACCAACCAGAAGAUCAAAGACCUCAAAUAGACACCCUUAACCUUCACCUUGACCAGACCGGGCCUCAACCUCAUUUACAGAACUAUACAGUACCACAUAUCCUCCGAGUCUUAUACUUUUUAUCCGUAUCAUUUCUGAGGUGCACGUAGGUACACACACACACACACACACCGGGAGACCGGGGAAGUUGGACGUUAGUUUCUGCAGGCGUGCACAGUUGCCGUAGGGAUGUCACUACAGUGAAAUAAAAAUGGUGUCUCUAAGUGAACAGGGGUUACUGCGUUACCUGCUUCUGGUGCCUAUACAGGUGUGUCCUAUUGACUUGGAACAAGCCUGGGGUUUGUGUAGAGAUUUGUUUCCCUGCAGCUCUUUAAUAUGCCUUCCAGGGAAACGUCUCUCUGAGUGCAGUUAGCCUCUCCUGCGUUAAAGCUCCAGCUUUUGCUCUGUUAGUCACUCUUGUGUUAAAACUCAAGCUUUUGCUGUGUGCCGUUUUAAGUCUUUGUCUUCUCUGGUUUUAUUUUACCGUAAACAUCACAUUCACAAAGUGCUUCUCUGGUGCAGAUUCAAAGACAUUUGUUUGUAUUACUUGUGUUUUCAUAAAUGUUUUGCACAAGUGAAAAGUGCGUGGAGAAUAUCUUGUAUAACUCUCAAACUGCCAGUGCUUUUUUAUAUAUAUGUUUUGCUUUGAAAGCAGAAUCUGUUAUGUAGUAUGGAGUUAUUCAUAGAAGCCACUAUGAUAUAUGUGCUGAUUUGAAAUGUAUAAAAUACAUGGACCCUAAUCAGACCAACAAAGUGAUUAGCUACAUACCUUUCCAUAGUUCAUCUGCAGCCAUACUUUCCUACUCUGCUCCCUGGCAUGUUAAGAAGGUUGGCUGGCAGCCCCCUCCUCUCCACUCUGACGUCUCCAUCUUGGUGAGCUCAUCGCUGGGCUUCACAGGAGCUUUUCACUUCCCAGAAUUCCAAGGAGCUGAAUUCAGCAAAGCGGACGGCGGGAGGGGUUAAAGGUCGGGAGUCGCGUGGGUGACUCUUUCAGGAAGGGGGGGGGGGGGGUUUGGAGCGACGUUCCACUGGUGUCAGCACAACGGAAGAGAAAGAUGGACAUACUUCCUCUGAACGAACAGCAUUCUGCUGUUUUUAUGAAGUCAGAGCAGUGCUGCUGCAGGCACUAGAGCACACUCAGCGUAGCGCAUACCUCUGCGAACACCUUGCAGUCUUUAGAUACGCCAGUUCCGCAUGUGGGAUAUUCACCUAAAGCUAAUCAUUUCUUCCAUGCCCUUCACAUCAGGAGCUACGCACAUUUUCCUGACUGUAUCUCAAAUCAGGCGUGAGAUAUGCCUGUUUAACUUCUAGCCACUCUUAGGCUCUUCAGUCGGUCAGUGCAACACCACACGGCCAGGCGGCAUAGUUCAGUUCACCCCCUUGCUGAUAGGAUAGAUAAGUUUCAUGGCAUUAGCAAGAAGCCACGCCCACUCUCACACUCCCAUUGGGCAAUCGAGCUUCAGGGAAAUGGUGGUAAUGUCACCAGGAGCAGUCUGGAACAUAAACUGGAAUGUGGCUGCAAUAAAGUCAUUUCAAUAGUAAA